AUGGCGUCGACACCUUCGGACGACUCGAGCAGUCCGCUGCAGUCGCCCUCGUCGAUAGCCUCCCCUCCCGAAUCUCCAAACGCUGAUCGCCCACAAAUGUCGCCUCACUCCAUCUCGUCUCCCACUGCUCCUACCGCUGCCAACAUGACCCCGUCCUCAACUCCCCUCGGUAACGUCAAUGCUGCGAGACGACCUGCCCCCACUGUCAGCACCCUUGGUCGUGGAGGUGCCGUGAACCCCGACAUCAUUGCUAGAAUGAAGGCCUUCCACAUGAACAGACAAGGUGCUCCUGCUCCUGGUCGUGGUGCUCCCACCACUCCUGGUGCUACCACUCCAGGCGCUGGCGGUCCUUCCCCGACCGGCCCUCAGAUGCCUGGUGGUCUACCUGCUAACUUCCGUCUUCCACCGGGCGUCCCUGGUAGCCGACCUGGCGGCCCUCCAAGUUUCGCUUCGUCUCCUAAUGUCGGCGCUGGCAGAGGUCCUUCUCUUGCCGAGAAGCGCGGUCUGAAAAUGCCUGGAGGUCUUCCUGGUGCUCCCCCAGCAGCCGGCGGCAGACAAAAACCUAAAAUGUCUUUGUCAAGCAUGGGCGGCGGUCCUAACGGCGACUCUGCCCCUCCCAAGCAAGAGUCGGCCAUGGACAGAUAUGCCGAGUACAUUGACAAGGAAACUGGCAGUCUCAAGUUCAAAGGCAAGGCCAUUCUCAACAGCAAGGGAGUCCAAUUCUCGUCAGGUCAAUCAUUCCAGAUUUCGCUGGACGAAGUCGACACACUUGACGAGCUCGGCAAAGGAAACUACGGUACAGUCUACAAGGUCCGUCAUUCAAGACCGCAAAUGCGCAAGGUCGGUCAAGGUCUGGCUGGAAACAAGGCUGGACCUGGCGAGACAAAAGACGAGACUGCCGCUCCUCGCGGAAACACAACUGGCAUCGUCAUGGCCAUGAAGGAGAUGCGGCUUGAACUUGAAGACUCCAAGUUUGCGACCAUCAUCAUGGAACUUGAUGUACUCCAUCGCUGCGCUUCACCUUUCAUUGUCGACUUUUACGGUGCCUUUUUCCAAGAAGGAGCCGUCUACAUCUGCAUGGAGUUCAUGGACGGUGGUUCUAUGGACAAGCUGUAUGGUGACGGUGUGCCUGAAAAUGUGCUCCGCAAGGUCACUGUUGCAACAACGCGUGGUCUCAAGUCUCUCAAGGAUGAACACAACAUCAUUCAUCGUGAUGUCAAACCUACAAAUAUCUUGAUCAACACGGCCGGUGCAAUCAAGAUUUGCGAUUUCGGUGUCAGCGGAAACCUGGUUGCCUCGAUCGCAAAGACAAAUAUCGGAUGUCAGUCGUACAUGGCUCCUGAGCGCAUCAGCUCUGGUGGAGUUGCUCAGGCUGGAGCCAACCCUGGUGGCGGUACCUACAGCGUUCAGAGCGAUAUCUGGAGCUUGGGCUUGACCAUCAUUGAGUGCGCCAUGGGCAGAUAUCCUUACCCUCCCGAAACAUAUGACAACAUUUUCAGUCAACUAAGUGCCAUCGUCGACGGAGAGCCACCAGAUCUUCCUACCGGCGAUUUCAGCGAUGCGGCACGCAACUUUGUAGCGGGAUGCUUAAACAAGAUUCCCAAGCUCCGACCAACAUAUGCCAUGCUACUUCAACACGCAUGGCUCGCUCCAUUGGUGAAGCCCGAAGCCAUCUCGGAAGAAGACGAAGACGCCGAAGAGGCACAAGAGGGAGUUGCUGCAUCCGAUAGCGAGGUCGAUGCAGCAAGCAAGGCACAACAGCUCGGUGACUCUGAAAAGUGGGUCGACCGUGAGGUUGGUGAAUGGGUACGAGGGCAGAUCGAGAAGAAGAGGAACGGCACAUUAGGCAAGAAGGCCAAGCCUGCACUGCACGCAGCACCCCUGGAUGCUACUUCGAGUACCAAGUCCAACAAGGGUGCAGUGGCAGUAUAA